AUGAAAGGUCGAAAAAAGUGUAAAAGAGAAAAGCAUCAACGUCGAAUGACAAUAUUUCACUUGUUUAUCUCAAGUGUUUAUUUAAUAUUGUCCAAUAUUAUAAAAUUUCAUGAGAUUUCGUGCGAAAUCUUUAUUAAUUUAUAUUUUGAAAUCGAUUAUUUUUAUAAAACUUUGACUAAUCAACAAAAAAGGUAUCGACGCGAGAAUAGUUUAACAGAUUUACAUGAAUUAAUUGUUGAAAAUCGUGAAAAUCGAAUUCGACAUGCCAUUUCUAUGGAUAUUUCACUAAAUCUUGUUGAUCAUUCCUUUCAAACUCCAUUAUAUUACGCAUGUCAACGAGGUCGUACAAAGCUUGUUCAAUAUUUACUCGAACACGGUGCUCGACACGAUCUCUUUGAUCUCAAUAGAAUUUCACCAUUAUGGAUCGCAUCAAAACAAGGUUUUCAUGAAAUUGUUUUACUUCUUCUUGAACACGGUGCUGAUCCAAAUCAUCGAUCUAUUGAUCAAACAACAUCUUUAUAUCAAGCAUCAUAUUACGGUCAUCUCAAAUGUGUAUAUCAUCUUAUUCGAUAUAAAGCUCGUGUUGAUUAUGCCAAAAAUAGUGGUGCAUCACCUUUAUUUGUUGCGGCAAGAAAUGGUUUUCAUCGAAUUGUAAAACAUUUGUUAAAAUUCGGUGCCGAUCCGAAUCAAUGUCAAGAAGAUCUUCGAUCACCUCUACAUACAGCCUUAUUAAAUAAUCGUGUGAGAUGUGUUCGAAUUCUUCUUCGACAUAUUAAUAUCGAUUGUUUAAUUCAACAAAAAGAUAUUUAUGAAUGGAAUCAUUUUCAUUUUCUUGCGAAAAAAGGAAGUUACAAAUCCGCUCGUGUUUUGUUUCAUCAUUUGAAGAAAAAACAAAAAGAAAUGAACUUUAAUGAACAAGAUUCAUUUGGAAAUACACCAAUUCAUAUUGCUUUAUUCAACAAGAAAAGUAAAUUUCUUCAAUAUUUACUUAAGAAAAAUGUUGAUAUAAAUCAACCGAAUUGUUUCGGAUGGAAUUAUCAUCAAUUGAAAUUGAAAUUCGAAGAAUCUUUGAAUUUGAACAUUUGUCAAUCAAAAGAUUACUUUGAAAAUUUAUUAUCAAUUCAUUUAAUCAAAUAUACAGAUGAAGAUCGAUUAAUUAGUGAAGAAAUUCAAUGUUAUGUUAAAGAAUUACUUACAGUUAUUGAAAGAAUAAAUCCUUUAUUUCGUAGUGAAAUCAUUUGUAGUGGAUCAUUUUAUGAAAAUACUCGUGUUGGUUUACCUGAUGAAUUUGAUCUUAUGAUCGAUUUAAUUGAAAUUGAACAUUUAGCGAAGUUUAUUGAGGUGAAUUCUGAUCCACCGGGUUACGGGCGAUUGUAUCCUGAUGAUAGUUACGAAGCUUUUCGAAGAUUAGUUUUCUAUUUAGAUCCCAAAACAUCCUGUCUUUCUGCUGAGAAAAUUCGCAAACAAUUCUAUCAACUUUUAACAUCUGCACGAUCCUCUGUGAUUAAUCGAGAAACUUCCUCACAUUUUAAACAUUUGAAACUUGAAUGGACAAGUGAUGAUAAACAAUGUGGAACAGCUAUUCAUGUCGAAUGGUAUGGUGUUCAAUAUCCAUAUUUAUCAAUUAAAAUUGAUGUUGUUCCUUGUUUAACAAUUUAUUCAUGGCCUCGAACAGCAACAUUUGAUUGUCCAUUAGAAAAACAUCAAUUUCAUAUUAUUCCUCGUAGUCCACAAGUUAAUGAAAGUUUUCUUUGGCGAAUUUCUAUGUCACAAUUGGAAUCAAUUCAUUUACAAAACAUUUCAUUAAAUCAAAAAAAUGGAUAUUUAAUUUUAAAAUGUUUAAGAAUUUUAUUUCCAUUUAAAAGUCACAUUGGAACAUCAAUUUAUACAAAUGAAGAUCUCUUAACAUCAUAUAUGUUUAAAAAUGAAUUUUUUCAUGAAUUAUAUCGAUUUCCAUUUGAAUCUCAAUGGAUUAAUGGAAGUUUGACUCAUCGAAUAUUUGGAAUUCUAAAGCGUUUACAUAAACAUUUACUUCUUGGCUCAAUUAAUUCAUUUUUUAUUCAAAAUUAUAAUAUUAUUGAUUUAAAUGAAUAUAAACAAAUUCGUUCAAUUGAAAUUCAAUAUCUUCGAACAAUUCUUUCGCAUUUAAAAGAAAAAUUCGAUUUUAUCCAAAAGACAUCUUUACGUCGACAUACAAUUACUCAUCUCGGAUCAACUCAACGAAAACCUCGACUCAGACAACGUGCAUUUACUCAUUUUCCUGAAUUUCAAUCAUUGUAA